AUUCAACCAACACCUUGAAGCUGCAGACACUCUUUGUCUUGCCAGUUAUUUUACGUUAAACUAGCCACCGCCACAGAGAAGAUGAGGUUACCACGGCGGUUCCUCGGGCUACACACGGCGGCUGUCAGGAGGGCGUCCUUCGUCCCCGCAUGCAGCACCACAGACGCCAACUCCCUGGAGCUGCUGCAGGACUUUGUGUCCCGAGCAAGUCGCCUGUUUGUCAUCAGCGGAGCGGGACUGUCCACCGAGUCCGGGAUCCCCGACUACCGCUCGGAGGGUGUCGGGCUGUAUGCUCGCACAGACAGGCGACCGAUGCAGCAUGCGGAGUUUGUCCGCAGCGCCAAGUCCCGUCAGCGCUACUGGGCCAGAAACUUUGUCGGGUGGCCGCAGUUCUCCUCGCAUCAGCCAAACGCCGCACACCAGGCCCUGCAGCAGUGGGAGCAGCGAGGCAAGCUGCACUGGCUGGUGACACAGAAUGUGGAUGCUCUCCAUUCAAAGGCCGGACAGAAAAGACUGACUGAGCUCCACGGCUGCACCCACAGGGUGAUGUGUCUUGGCUGUGGUGCCAUCUCAGCGAGGGAGGAGCUGCAGACGCGAUUCGUAGCACUAAACCCCGACUGGAGAGCGCAGAUGGGCGGUGUAGCGCCGGAUGGUGAUGUCUUCAUAGAGGACGAGCAGGUCCUCAACUUCAGAGUUCCCUCGUGUGAGAACUGUGGAGGGAUACUGAAGCCUGAGGUCACGUUUUUCGGUGACUCUGUGAACAAAGCUACAGUACAGUUUGUGCACGACAGACUGCGGGAGUCUGAUGCGGUACUCGUGGUGGGGUCAUCAUUACAGGUUUAUUCAGGUUACAGGUUUUUACUGGCAGCUGGUGAUCGGAAAAUGUCAGUUGCCAUCGUAAACAUUGGGUCCACGAGGGCUGACCACCUGGCUGAGCUCAAAGUGAGAGGCCGCUGUGGUGAAGUGCUGUCCGUCAUCCAACCUCUCUGACUGUCAUGGACUAUUUGUAUAAGAUGAUCCAAACUAUCUGAUUUUAAAUGGUAAGCAAAUUCAGGAUAAAUAUCUCGACUGGCACUUUUUUUUGAGCAACAUAAAAGUAGCCAGGAGCAUCUGGUUCAAUGAACUUAUCUACUCUCGCCUAUUUUAUGCAAAACUAGUGAAAACAAGUGUGCAUGUGUUGGAAAUUCAACUUCUCUUCACACUCCAGAUUGCUCUCAGUUGAUCAUUAUAUUGGUCAAACAGAAAGACUUGAGCUGUACUGUAUUUAGAACUGGUGCUGUGGGUUUUGGCUUGAUGGCACAUGUGCAGAUGAUCAUGCAGCAUGUGUGGUUCAGUCUGCAGGCCCAGAGUUGAAAGAUGGAGAGUUGGGCCCUGUGGUUUAUCUUCAGGCUGUUCAAUGUUGUGUACUAAUGCUGAUUUUAUUUAGAUUAAAUGAACUGAGCGACGAAGUAUUGUAUCGUGUUAGUGAAGCAAAACUAGAAGAGGUUUGUGGAAGUUUAAACUGUUAUUGCACAAAGCCAAGUUGUAGGAGAGGGUAAUUUGACUGUUUUAGAAACUAGUUCAAGUGAGAUAAUGCAAAAUACACUAAUCAACUGGUUUUAAAGGGUGUGAUUUGAUUGACGCUAUCGUGGCAUGAUCCGUUUUUAAAGUGCUGACACUCGUAAACAUUUUAAAUGUCAACAGAAUGGACCUUUUCUCAAUGUUGAGCAAUGCAACUAUGAUGACAUAUAAUGCUUGAAAGUACAACCUGUCAAGCAGUGGAUCAUGUUUUACCUGAAACCGAUGCAAAUAUUUCUAAUCUUGUCAUGACAAACACAUUCUGUUUUAUGAAUAAAUGUCAAAGCAUUACAGCACUUCAUCA